AUGGCUUUGCAGCACAGCCCACAGAUCUCUCCGCAUGAGCCCGGCGAUGUGGAUAGCGAACUUACGCCGACUUUGCCAGAAUCCGCCCAGGAGGCGACGCACCAAUACCAAAGUGCUGUCUUCCGCCGGGCGGCCUAUGCACUCUUUCUCCUCGGCGCUGCGCUCGUGGUCAUGGCCACAGCCACAGUCUUCCCAAUGCAGGCUGGAGAAAUGGAGAAAUCUUCCAGCGAUGCUUCGAUGGAGGGAAUGGCAUCGGAAUUGCGAAUGCUUGCUGAAGUUUCAUGUGCUGGAGUUACGUGUGACGCCUACUCCACCCAUGACCCCACCGGCACAUGUGAGGGACCCGAGACUUCCGAUGACUGUUUGGAGAAGUGCUGUCUCGAGAUCGAGUGCGAUGACAUUCCAGCUUUCUCGUGCGUGGCUGCCCUUGGUCCGUCAUUCUUCAAAAGGAAGAUUACAUUCUUCAAAAUGGGAAAAAGUGGAAAGUGCAAAGGAGAAGAGAAUUGCAAGGACACGUGUUGUCAAGGCGAGUGCGCCACCACUACUUGCAACGGCGCAAACCCCUGCCAGAGGCCAUUCCCACCAGAGCGGUGCACUCCUUCCAAGUGCCCGGAGCAAUGCUGCUACAAUGGCGAUGAGUACUGUGGCAAUGGUGGUGCCAAUGCCUACACGUCGGCAUGCAAGAGUUGCAUGUCGCUGACGACAUAUUGUGAGAACAUGAUGAGCCUCGACUUCGCGACGACACCCAGGCAUGAGUGGAACCAGAAAGCCUUCGAGAUGGUCAUGCAAGGCUUGCUGGAGCCUGGCUGUGAGGUGAAGGAAGUUCCACAGUGUGAGGACUUGCUCAAGUUCAGAGUGAAAGCUACCUUCCCUUGGCACAAAGCCAGUGGCGAAUACGUGUCAGCGAACGCCGUGGAUAUCAUCGCUGGUGGCACUCAAGCGGUCAGUGGUGGAGAUGACAUGCUAAUUUUCAUCUGGAGGAUUGAGGAUGGCCACUUCCUCCGAAACUACUCGGCCCAUUAUUCCGGCAUUCGUGCGAUCAGCACGUUCCGCGAUGCCACCUUCUUCUGUGCUGCCAGCUCGACAGAAGUAAUCGUCUGGCGCAGCUCAGGCCCUGAAGAUGCAGGAACCCUUUCCGUGGAGUUUAAUACCUACAACACAACCGAAGUCCAGACCACGUUCUGCAUGAGCGUCCCCACGUGGGAAACCGUCAUUGUGGGUCAGACUGACAGCCUCACGGUCAUCUGGCACUGGAAAUUUAAGGGAACCCUCACAGUUCCAGUCGACCCGGACGCCGAGUGGGCUUGGCAGAUUGACCGAGAUGCGAUCUUUGUCUGCUGGCCUGACUCGCUCAAGGGCCAUCCCGGUGCACUCCAAAAAGGCUUCACGGAGUGGAGGAAGAAUCUGUUCGGGAUUCAUCCACAUCAGGGAUUCCUGGGCGGCAGCCGGCGCCUCCUGGACGGCAGCGACACGUCCCGGGGCGGAGACAUGUCUCCGGCUAUCGUGACGUCUCUGGAAGGCAAGGUGUCUGAGGAGGUGCAGGCACAGGCGCGGAGACUCCGUCCUGCCGAUCGCACAGCCCCGUUUACCAAUUGGUUCACCAAUGAGCGUUGGGGCGAUGUCCCGGUCUAUUUCUACGAGCCGGACGGCUGGGGAAAGGUGAUGUGCAUAGCAGCGAUCCCCUUCGACAUCCUCUAUGCAGUCGGCUACGAGGAUGGUAGCAUCCGUGUUUGGAAGACCUACAACGGCUUCUUGAAGAGCUUGAUCCCAAAGGCCCAUGAAGGAUCGGUCAACGCCUUGGUUUCGGCUCCGGCUGGGAACACCUUGUAUUCCGGUGGGCAAGAUGGCGUCAUUCGCAUGUGGGAUGUCUUCAGCGGCAAGCCGCAAGGCGAGUUGUACGCUGCCCAUGCCGGGGCUGUUCGGUCGUUGGAAGUGAUCCCGGGCGGCAACAAUAUCUACUCGGGUCACGCCUUCGGCCUUUUGCUGUUGUGGAUCCCAGGAGAGAAGAAGUUGUGGUGUGAGCUGGACACAAAGGCUGGUUCCGUCAACUCUCUUCGAGUCAAUCCUGCUGUGGUUGGUCAGGUCCUGGCGGCUUUGGAGAAUGGCGACGUCAGGGUGUACCAGAUGGGCUGA